AUGUUCAGCGAUCACGCUCACCAUCAACAAAGAACUACCGGUUGGCAGCCCGCGAGCGCUCCUAGAUAUGCCACAGAGAAACGGGAACGGAGCGUCAGCAGUGAAGAAGAGAGUUGUGACGGGCUUACAAAGCGGGCAAGAACAACGGGAUCGCUUCGCAUGCCGAACAGCGCGGGGCAGACCUUGGUCAAGCUAUCACAUGAGGCAUACACCGUGGGCUGGGUUUGUGCGCUUCCUCUUGAGAUGGCUGCGGCACAAGCAAUGCUCGAUUGCACACAUGAACCCCUCGACAUGAACUCGAACGACAGCAAUGUCUAUACAUUUGGCGGAAUCGGCCCUCAUAACAUCGUCAUCGCGUGCUUGCCUUCGGGGCAGUAUGGCACAAACAGUGCGGCGGUAGUGGCAAACAACAUGCUUUGGAGCUUCCCUUCCAUAAACAUUGGUUUGAUGGUUGGGAUAGGCGGCGGUGUUCCCGGAAAGGUUGACAUACGGCUUGGUGAUGUUGUGGUCAGCAAUCCGACAGGAGAUUCCUCGGGGGUCGUACAAUAUGAUUUCGGCAAGGCUGUAAACGAGGGUCGCUUCGAACGCAUUGGGAGUCUAAACAAACCUCCCCAAUCAGUCCUUGCGGCUGUCUCUAAACUACGAGCCAACCACGAAGGCCGAAAAAGUCAAAUCCCGGCGAUUUUGGUCGACAUGGAAACCCGCAACCCUGAAAUGAGAGAGUUCUCGUAUCGAAACGUGGACGAAGACCGACUGUUUGAAGCAUCAUAUGAACAUUCCGGGGAAACUUGCGACAAUUGCGAUAGGUCGAAGCUGAUAUCACGCGGUCUACGGCCAACGCGCAACCCGAGUAUCCAUUACGGAAUCAUUGCCUCUGGGAAUCAGGUUAUGAAAAAUGCGAAAACGAGGGACCGAUUGGCGAAAGAACUUGGAUCGAUAUGCUUUGAGAUGGAAGCUGCAGGGCUGAUGGACAAUUUUCCAUGCCUUGUCAUUCGCGGCAUCUGUGAUUAUUCGGAUUCCCACAAAGCAAAGCGAUGGCAGAAAUAUGCCGCUGCUACCGCCGCAGCAUACGCAAAGGAGCUUCUUCUCAUCGCGCCACCUCAUAGAAACUCCACUGCUCGAAUGCGGCCUGAAGUUCAGAUUGUUGCAACACCAUCGUCAGAUCGCAAGAGGCUUCUGGACUCACUCAAGUUUAAUCAGAUUGACAAGCGGCACGCCAAUAUCAAGGCCAACCAUGCCAAAACCUGCGAGUGGCUUCUUGAGUAUCCUGACUAUACCACCUGGAUAGAUCGUAAGAUGUAUCCUCAGCAUCACGGCUUCCUAUGGAUCAGGGGAAAACCCGGGGCAGGAAAGUCAACGAUCAUGAAAUUCGCCUUCAGCCGAGCGAGAAGGAGAGCCGCAUCGAUUGGGCCUUCCAUUUCAUUCUUUUUUAACGCUAGAGGCGAGGAGCUCGAGAAGUCGACGCUGGGAAUGUAUCGGUCACUCUUACAUCAGCUUUUGGAGAAAAUGCCCGAUCUACAAGUUUUACUCGACAUCAACGACGGCACACAAGAGUUCGUAGUCUGGGACUUAGAGAAGACCAAGACCCUCUUCCGCAGCGCCGUCCGGAAACUCGGGAAACGGCAACUUACUUGUUUCAUUGACGCCCUUGAUGAAUGCGCCGAAAGUGAGGUCCGAGAGAUGGUCGAGCUCUUCGAAGACCUAGGACAGUACGCGGUUCAGAACGAUAUCCGAUUCUACGUUUGCUUCUCCAGUCGGCACUACCCUUAUAUCGAUAUACAAUACGGUCAAAAGCUCAUUCUGGAGGACCAGAUCGGUCACGAGAGAGAUCUUGCAGAGUACGUCCGUACUAGUCUCAAGGCCGGUACUGGGCCCAAGAGUGACGAGGUCAUCGCCGAAAUCUUACGAAAAGCUUCUGGAGUUUUUAUGUGGGUCGUACUUGUGGUCGAUAUUCUUAACAAGGAGUACCGUAAGGGUCGCUUAUUCGCGGUCAAAAGUCGCUUGAAAGAAAUUCCAUCCGAAUUGAGCGAGCUCUUCCGGAAUAUAUUAACAAGAGACCAAGAGAACCUUGACGAUCUGCUUCUAUGCAUUCAGUGGGUUCUCUACAGCGUACGACCUCUAAACCGCGAAGAAUACUAUUUCGCCUUGGCCUCCGGCUUGGAGCCCGACACGCUGGAAAAGUGGGAUCCCAAUGAGAUCCCGUGCGAUUACAUGGAUCGUCUGAUUGUCAGUUCGUCUAAGGGACUGGCUGAAACAACGAGGUCCGAUGAUAAGACUGUUCAAUUCAUUCACGAGUCGGUACGUGACUUUCUUAUCAAGGACAAUGGGUUGCGUACUCUCUGGCCAGAGAUGAGCACUGAUUUCGAGGCUCAAAGCCACAAUCGAUUACGGGACUGCUGCCAUGAAUACUCGACUCAAGUCAACAUUUCUAAACACUUGCACGAUGACGACUUUUUAUUCAGUACAUCCAAAAAGCAAUCUAUCGAUUUCCAAGCCGCAAUCGACCGUGGAUUUCCAUUCCUGGAGUAUGCAACCAGCCAAGUACUCUACCACGCCAAUGCCGCUGCCCGGACCACCCCACAGACCGAGUUUCUUCAGCACUUUCCCUUGGAACAAUGGAUACAGAGAAGCAAUAUCUUUGAAAGGCACAGAAUCAGAAUGCAGGAGCAUGGUACUACGAACCUCUUAUAUAUCGUUGCGGAAAGGGGUUUAACGAGGCUGGUUGAGGCAGCGCUCCACCAUGACUCGGAUGCCGAAGUACGCGGCGGCCGCCAUGGGUACCCACUCCUUGCGGCUUUGAAAGAAGGUCAUGACGACGUAGCAAGAAUCUUGCUGCAACAUAUUGCAAGUUCUGCAAGAGAAUUUGGGUCUACAGCAUACAAUACCCUGGGAUCUGAGUCGAGCAGCCAAGUCCACCCUAGCAUUAACUGCACAGACAAAGAAGGACGCACAUCCCUUUACUUUGCUGCAGAAAGAGGGCAAAUCGACAUCGCCAGAAUGCUAUUCGAUUUGGGCGCGCAACCUGAACUUAUACCAAAAGACCUAUCUUAUAGCCCUCUGGUUCGCGCUGCCGAAAAGGGACAGGAAGCUCUUGUGCGGUUAAUUCUUGGGCAGCGGUCCGCACUUCAAGCUAAAGUUACUACCAACGCAACUCUACGAUCACCGUUAUCGGUGGACAAAUAUGAAGACGUCAUAAGAGCCCUCUUCAGGGCGGUUAAAACUGGAAACCUAGGCACUGCGAGAAUCAUUCUUGACACUGGUGUCAGCAUCGAUACCGAGUAUGAGCCCUUCCCCACACCUCUAGUAGCGGCAGUCGCAAGUGGUCAAAGAUCUUGCAUCGAGUUCCUUCUUGAGAGUGGAGCAGACAUCAACAAAGGAUGUCGCAGGUACGGGAGGAAUCCAAUUCACGAGGCAAUUGCAGCUGCACCUGAAGCGAUCAUUCGACUAUUAAUUCAGAGAGGGUGUAAUUUGGAAGCUCGAGACGUAUCUGGGCAGACACCUAUCCACACCGCUUGCAAAUGGAAUGGUAAAGCAGAAACAGUAGCGCUUCUACUUAGAGAAGGUGCGAAUGUUUGUGCGCAAAACGACGCGGGGAACACUCCUUUGAUCGUUGCUGCAUCAAAUGACCACGUCGACAUUGUGGAACUACUAUUGAGCCAGGGCAUUCCUACACAUCACAGUAAUCAUGCUGGAUCCAUGUUCUCUCAUGAAGCGUCACAACAACAAUUCGAUGGUGGGCCUCCAGAUUUUAGGCACAUAGCGAACAAGCUCGGAGAGACUGCUCUCUUCGUAGUCCGACCCAACGGGUCUAGUCGAGUCAUGAGGAACCUCUUGAAUGCAGGUCUGGAUCCUACGCAUCAAGAUAAUCUCGGAAAGAACUUCCUCCAUGAGGCAUGUAAGAGAGGUAGUCCAAGCCCUAGAUACCUUUACGAUGUGCAGGAGGCCGUUGAGAAGGGUCUUGAAAUUGACGGCCGGGACUACGAGGGACGAACCCCCCUUAUGAAUGCUGCUAAGAUAUCGGAUUCUCCAUUCGUCAAGUUUCUGCUUCGACAUGGGGCCGACCCCAAUGCAAGGGAUAACAAAGGACAAACGCCACUAUCUGAGGCAUUUUCAUCAUAUCGUUACUACUUUACAUCAGAAGUAUUUUAUAGCCUUCUCGAUGGAGGUGCUGAUGUCACAGCACCAGGCCCAGAAGGUAAAAGUUUACUGGACAUGGCUGCUCGGCAGGGUGAAGGUGCUAUUACAGAACUUCUAAGGGAAGCAAUGAAGAAAAAAGGCAUUACUUCAUGA